AUGGGACUGGUUCGUUAUAGUCGUUGGGCUUCGCGCCUCAAAACAUUGAAUUCCCAAACCAAGCCGUUACUCUCCUCCUCCUCUUCCUCCUCCUUCUCCUCCGUCACCACAGCCGACAAUGAAAACCCAGGUCGACCCGGACCGCCUCCGAUCCGAGUCGCUCUCACCGAGUCAUUCGGUCGAGGCGUCUUCGCGACCCGGAAAAUCGAGACCGGUGAGCUCAUACACACGGCCAAACCCGUUCUCUCUCACCCUUCUCUGUCAACCAUCCACAAGGUCUGUUAUUUCUGCCUCAGAAAGCUGAAAACCACAGACAGCUCUCAAGCCCAACGUGUUUCGUUUUGCAGCGACGAAUGCCAACGAGAAGCAAAGGGGUUUCAUGAUAUGGAGAUGAGAGCAGAUUGGUCAGCUUAUGAUGACUAUUGCCGGUCUCGUGGUUUGAAAUAUCCAUUACUUGUGAAGCGGUUGGCUUGUAUGGCCAUGUCAAGAGCUGCAUCUGCCAACCUUCUUGACAUACUCCAACCUGCUAGCUUAUCUCCACAGAUGAUUGUAGAGAUGGAAGAGGGUUUUCGCUUGCUAAGGAGUGCCUUUGAAAACUCAAAUAUCAUUGGUGAACAGAUGUCAUUUUUAACUAAACAAUGGUACAUUGGUAUACUGGCACGGAUUCGCAUUAAUGCAUUUCGAAUAGAGUUGGUCGGUGCAUUGUAUGAUGAUCUCCUGUCAUCAUUAGCAGCCUCUAUAGAAUCUGAAGCUGCUGUUGGGAAUGCUGUUUAUAUGCUCCCAUCCUUCUAUAAUCAUGAUUGCGAUCCAAAUAGCCACAUUAUAUGGAUAGAGAAUGCAGAUGCAAGAUUGAAGGCCCUUCGUGAUGUGGAUGAAGAAAUCAUUGGAGUUGAGGAUGAUGUGCUGAUCUUGAUGGGUGACAUUGCACCUUAA